ACUGCUUCUCACUCUUGUGAAAGACUUACUUUUGCUGAUGAACGGGUAUUGUCUGCAGACACUGGGCACUUUUUUUUUCCUUGGAAGAAUUCUAUGACACCUUAUGCAUUUUGCAGAGGGGAAAAUGUGGGAGGGAUAUAAGCAGCCACAGUAAGGUAAAGACAGCUAAAAGGUGUCGACAUUCGUUCCAGAAAGCUGAGCUCUGGAGAGAUCCUGAGACUGACUUGCAGAUUUGGCGUAGACUCUUUAGCAUGAUUAACUUGCAUUUUUUUUAUUUUAAAAUACCAGUGAUCAUGCAGCUGGAUUUUAAUGGCACUUCAUGCAUUUAAAACAUCUGUUUGAGGAUCUAACAGGACACUAAAAGAAGAAAGUACUCUUUUCUUUCCGAGAGGGUCUCAUCAUUUUUUGGUUGACUUUACCCUGCUCAGAGGACCUGUCAGCAUGACCUCUGGAUUACAGUACAGUGUUCUUCUAUUCCUUUGUUUUACAGCUUUCCAGGAGUCGCAGGCAGCCCAGAGCUGUCUGAACAAACAGCAGCUCCUGGCUGCCAUUCGACAGAUGCAACAAUUCCUAAAGGGUCAAGAGACACGAUUUGCAGAAGGAAUUCGCAUUAUGAAAAGUAGGCUGAAUACCUUGCAGAGCACUUUAAGCAAAGCAAGUCCAGACCCCCAAUUAGUUUCCUGCUCAGUCUUGGAGGCUCCUGAUAAUGGAAAGAAAUUUGGUUCAAAAUACCUGAUGGAUCAUGAAGUACAUUACACUUGUGAUUCCGGAUACCAGUUGGUCGGACCUAGCAGUAGACUCUGCCAACAAAAUGGAAGCUGGACUGGGGAUGUCCCACAUUGCAAAGAUAUCAACCCAUGCAGUAGCAAUCCCUGUUUGAAUGGAGGUACAUGCGUGGAAGGAGGUAACCGACAAUACAAAUGCACUUGUCCCCAAGAAUGGACUGGAUCCAACUGCCAGCAUCAAACACAAACAGCUCCACCUGAAUCGACAGCAAUCAGUGAAGCAGCUUUUAACCGUAAGCCACGCUGUGCCAGGAUAGACCGCACACAACACUGCAGCUGCGAUGCUGGCUUCCAGAUGAGUGGUACCCCUGACAACAGCAUAUGCCAAGAUGUCAAUGAGUGUGAGGUUUAUAAAAUGGAUGGGGCACCACGUCUGUGUAUGCACACCUGCGUCAAUACGCCUGGAACCUAUCGAUGUUCGUGCCCCUCUGGGUAUAAGAUACAUGGAGAUGGGAAAACCUGCGAAGAUAUCGAUGAAUGUACGUCUGGGAUCCACAACUGCACCCGUGGAGCAAUGUGCAUUAACAUUGGAGGAAGCUUUCAAUGUGUUUUCCCUGAGUGUCCAAAAUCCAAUGGGAAUAUUAGUUAUGUGAAAACAUCACCUAUCCAAUGUGAACGCAAUCCAUGUCCUAUGGAAAGUAGAUCCUGUCACCAUGCACCAAAGACCAUCUCCUUCCAUUAUCUCGCUCUGCCUUCAAAUCUUCCAAGUCCUGUCACUCUCUUCCGAAUGGCAACCGCCUCAGCUCCUGGACGUCCUGGGCCAGACAGCUUGCGUUUUGGAAUCGUGGGAGGGAACAGCAGAGGGAACUUUGUGAUGCAAAGAUCGGAUAGACAAACUGGAGAACUCAUUCUUGUUCAGAGCCUUCAAGGACCUCAGACCAUUGAAGUGGACGUAGACAUGUCUGAAUACUUAGACCGCACGUUCCAGGCCAAGCACGUAUCUAAAAUCACAGUUUUUGUAUCACCUUACAAUUUUUAAGGUGAACAAACAGGAAGAUUGGACAUGUACCAUGUAACUUUUUUUUAAAGAAAAAAACAAUAGAACGCGUGCUGUUUGGCAACAGUGCAAGAAUGAGAGCCACCCCGUAAGAUGGCAAACAAAGUAUAUAAUUACAUCAUUGCACAAGAUGGAAAUACAGUUCUUUCUCGUUUUAUUGUGUGUUUAUUCAGAACAAAUCUUAAUCACUAAAGACAUUUUUUAAGUAUUGUAAUAGGUACGAUUAAAUCAAAAGAAACACAUGUAUGUAGACAACAGCUAAAAGACAGUGUUAUAUUCAAAUGCAAUAUAUAUCCUUUUUUUCUCAAUGAAGGGAGGUCCCCUGUGGUUGCAGUUUGGGGGGCAAGCUUAUAUUGUUUAUCUAGUUUAACAAAACAUCUUGUCAUUUUGGACUAACCUUUAUACCUUGAUUUAGCAAGUUAUUCCUUAACGUUAUACUGGCUGUACUGCCUGAGCAUUUUAAUUAUUAACAUUAUCCAUCAGAAUAUCAGAAUGAUUUCACGCAUACUCAAUAGUGCAGAAUUGACAAAUAUUGGAUAUAAACAAAGAAGAGUUAAAAACAAAAUGGCGUAUAAACAAUAUGGUGUUAUUGUGGUGCUCCAUGCUUUGUCUACUCUAAGCAGGCCUAGCACACCGAAUUGCGUGGUGGCAAAGCCCAGCAUAUCCAUGUACAUUAACCAACUGGCCCAGGGUUGUCCAAACAACUCUGGCCCUCCAGAUGUUGUUGAACUACAACUUACAUGAUUCUCUGGAUAAUUAAGUUCAAAGACUCAUGGGAGCUGUCGUUCAGCAACAUCUGGUGGGGCAGAGUUUGGAGAAUCCUGCACUAGCCAAUAAGGAGGUGCAAUAAUGGCCUCACCUGGUGUAUGGUUCCAAUGCGGAUUAGUGAGUUGUGUCCCCAUCUGUCAGUAUCCACAAUUCAUAUGGAGCUAUCCAAGAAUCCUGCUUAAUCCUCUCAUUGUGGGUUAAUGGAUGACUCAUUGAUCCAUACUUGUAGGUUUAUUGCCAAAUGCUGACUGAACACAGAUACAAGCUAAAAAUUCCUUACAAGACAAAUAUAUACAUUUAAUAUAUACAUUAGCAAGAUGUGCAACUAUAGAUAAGGUAUGGGUUUUGGUUUUACCUAAAAAUAGUAAAUUCAUGUGAUAUUUUAGUAACAGACGCACUAUUAAUGGAAAGUGGCUAAAUGUUUUCUCUAAACUGUUUGCAUAGAAAUCUCAUUUAAAAGUAUGCAGUGAUUUUAUCAAGAACUCACAAAACAAUGAUUUGUAGUAAAAAACAAACAAUUUUUAAAUGUAAAAUUUUAUUGAUUGCUUGGUGCCCACAAUUAUCUGUUUAUUAUUAUUGUUUAAUUAUCAAUAAACAACACUGCUAUAUAUCAUUUUGGAAUAUUGAUAAAAUGUAAUUUGUUACAUUUUACUUCUUGCUAUCUUAUUCCCCGGGGAUAAUUCAGAUAUUUGUCAAUUAUUUUAGACACUUUACUACAUUAGCUAAAUACAAUAAUACCACAUAAAUCGUAUUGUCCUGUACAGAAGGAACGACCUCUUGAAAACAAUACAUUUUAAUGAUUGAAAUUGAAAAAAAUUAACAUAUGUUUGAUAAAAACUUGUCAAACGAUUUGCACUUACAGUUUCUAUUUUGUAUAGCAUGAUAUAAAUUAAUUUUAAUGAAUUUAUCCCACCACGUUCCAUUCACUAGGCAUGGCAGAAAGUUAGUCUUUAUUCUUCAUUCCAGUUCGAUCAUCCACAAUAUGAAUAUGGUAAAAUGCUGAAGAUUUGUUAACAUUUGUAGAAGAUAUACUAAUGGCCUCUAGGAGAAGCACAUACAAUCCAUUAAUCCAAUGUGCUAUGUUAAUUUUGCCAGAGACAAUACAUCAGCUAGAUUAAAAAGACCUUGCAGGUACACAUAGUGUGAUGAUUUAUUUGUCGAACCCCCAAUGGGACCAGCUGUGGCUAAGUGUUACAAAAACAUGGUUAUCGGGCUUUCAUUGGUGAACUAGUUUAUGAUGUACUGUUGUCUCAGAUCAGUUGAAAGACCGUAAAGUGCUUUAGGUAAUAUAAAUAUAAAUAUAAAUGUGAUUGCUAUAUAUCAAGCAUUCGUUUUGCUCUAUAAAAAAAGUUUCUCUUCUUUUAACUGAGUGUUUAUACAAUUCCGAGUUCUAGAAGAUAUAGUACCAGUUCUAGAAUGACUGGUAUGUCAAGUGUAGAACUAGAGAAGACAAUUGAAGGGAAUAUUGUCAUUGACUAAUUAGAUACAGAGUGUAAGCCUACAAGAUUAUUUAGGCCUAUCAGUCAGGUAUCUUGUACCAAUAUUCAUAAAAAAACACAUAUUUUUUAUAUAUUCUUCAUAAAUAUAUUUAGGUUUAAUUACUGAAGUGAGAAUUCAAAGUGAAUUUCAAAUUUAACGUUUCAAUAGUUGAACUGUAAAAGUGGUCUAAGUUAUGCAUACUUUAACUUUGGCUUCA